AUGUUGCAUGAUGAUGAAAGGUCCUCAUCGGAAGAUGAAGCUCCUGUGCAAUCGCUCAUUCAGGGGCGUGAGAAGCGAAGCACAGCGGGUCGGCAAAUGUCCGCUCUCCUGGAUGCAGAAGCAGAUGAUGAACUGGCACUAUUGUUUGAAGAAGUGGAUGACGAUAAUGAGUUCGCCGCCGAUGCCGUGGAGGAAGGGGGCGAGGAGGACGAAAUGGGUCUGGACUCUUCUUCCGACGAUGAGGAUGAUCAGGGACCUAAUGCUCAGGCGGAUGACUUUGAAGGGGAACGACAGAUUGAGAAGGAGGAGAAAGAAGAGAAGAAAAAGAAAAGAGCCCGCGAAGACCUUCGGUACAGGAUCACAAGCAAGAAGGUGAAGAUCGACCCCACCGCAGCUCCCAAGGCGCCAACGACCCCUGCUCCUCGCCCAAGAAAGAAGUCUGAGCGAGUUUCAUGGAUUCCUACGCUUGACGAGGGCCCUACGCGAUCUUCCUCCCGUCGGCAAACUAUGCAGAACAAGGAACUCACGCACGCCCGGUUGAAGGAUAGCGAGGAGAAGCGUAUUCGUCUUAUUGCUACAAUGGAGGAAGCCGCUAAACGGAAGGCCAAGCACAAGCCGAAGGAAAUGACACAGGCCGAACGUCUUGCUGAAGCUGAGAGGGUGGAGCGGCACAACAGCAAAAGCCUCAAUCGAUGGGAGGAAAUGGAAAAGAGAAAAGCUGAGGAGAGGCGAGCCAAGAUCGAAGCACUUCAAAACCGCCGUCUCGAAGGCCCCGUUAUCUCCUACUGGAGUGGUGUUGCUACCUGGGCAGAUGGUCGGUUGACCCGCGUCGGCAAAGUGGCAAUUACGCCAAAGCCGGAGAAAGAUGAUAGUGGGCGCAAAAAGAGCAAGAAGGCGGACAAAGAAGGGAAAGCCGAAACAGAGCAGAAGCCAGGCAGUACUGCUGAGCCCAGUACAUCGCUGGUUGUUCCGGUUGCCAUACCAGAGAUACAGGGGCCCCCGGAACCCAAGCAAGACGACCAACCUCUACCGGCCACGGAUGCUAGUCAAGCCGCUGGGGUCCCCCAAGCUGAAGCUUCUAUAACGCCUCAAGCCACUGUUUCUCUAAACCAAGCUUCGGGGGCGCCUUUGUCAGCCGCACCUAGCACAAUUAAACCUAUGCCUUGCACCGUUAAGCCUAUCUCAGAACUGGAUAACCCUGCUGGUGAGCAGUCGGCAAAAGCGAAUGAUGAGGGGACGACGCAAGAGUUUCUCGACCGUCCAACAAGCCCUGCUUCUCCAGUAGCGGCAGUGGCACCGGAAGAUACCAAUACCCCCACAACUGAUUUAUCUAAAGCAGAAGAGAAGACCAAUGAUGAGAUGCAACAGCCGGCUAGCGAACAAUCACCGACCACUCAGUUAGAUCCUGGGCAUUCUCCCGCUGUGUCUACGUCUCAUACUCCUGUCACUACCCAACCGGUCGAACAGGGAAGCGCGGAGGGCCUUAUGGAAAUUGACCAUAAAGCCGACAUUCAUGUAGACGAAACAAAUCCUACAGCUGCGGAAUCGCAAUCCGUGGCUCCUCCCGCAGUCAUUGAGCACACGGGGCGAUGUCUCACUGUGCUGGAGAAUUUUGACGACAAAACCGCUCAAAGUAGAGAUUUCAGUAUCUACUUCAACGCAAAGAAACCUCCUAGGCUUACAAAAAUCUCAUCCUCACUGUGCGUUAUCACAUCUCUCCCAUCCCGCUACCGAGACCCGGAUACAUCCCUCCCCUUCGCAAACUCCUACGCGUAUCAUGAAAUCCGCCAUACCGCCGCCCAAAAGUACUCAUGGAGCCCCAUGCUCGGUUGUUACGUUGGACCUGCCGGAAUUGCUGCACGCGGUGUGCCCGACAGGUUUCUAGACCCUAAUGCAAAAAAGACCACAAAAAAGCUCAGUGGAUCUGGUGCCCAGUCCAGUGUGCCCGAUAAGGAGAGGACUGCAAAACAGGUCGGCGAUGAUACCCCGACCACAGCCACGACCGCAAAAACGUCUACGCCCGCGUUGGCUACUGCGCCUCUGCCUCCACCUCCACCUGCGCCUGCACCAACAGCCACGGCUCCUUCUCUUGCGCCAAUACCUACCACAGCAGGCGCAGGUGAUGCGAUGGAUGUCGAUAAAUGA